CCAUUCGAAAUCGUUUAGCUGGAGAGUUCGGUGUUGUAAAUAUAAACAAUUCGUUUUAAGUGAACCAAGAAGAUUAAAAAGUUUUUUUUUCCUUCUAUAUUGUUGAUCAUCGUUCUUUUUGCAUUAUUUUUAUCAAGCGAAAUAAAAAAAAAAUCUCAGAAAGCCUUCUUCGAAGUACGAAUUACUUCGCCGAAGAGAAAAGACGCGACAGUACCGUUCAGUUAGUCGAGGUGUUCAGAACGUUUCUAAUUUACAUAAAUCAGAAUAAAUUCAACAAAAUUUUGUAGUUUAAAAUGAAACAUUUAAUGUAUUGUGGUAUGCUGAUCGUGCAGUAUUUGGUUCUUUUCGUUGAUGUCAACAUUGCUGAUGGCGUUCCAACGACCAACAAUGUUAUCGCCAGACAAUGUAUGCAAGACGGUGGAUAUUGUCAAAAUUCAUGGGACUGCUGCUCCAACCGGUGUCUAUCAUUUUCCUAUAAAUGUGUUAAAGGACCACCGACAUCCGCUUACCAACCGUAUGCACCAUCCAUCAUAGAAGAUCCAACACUUAUUUCUGUUGAUACACUUGACGAUCUAGUCAAUAGAUUUGGAAGUGAUGAUGAAAAAACCCUUGCAAAGCCAACAACUACAUCACCGGUAUCAAGCACUUCAACUUCAACAUCUUCGAGUACCAUUCACACCGAUGCUCAAUGUAUUGGAAUUGGAUAUGAGUGUGGCGAUUCCAGUCAAUGUUGUUCAAAUGAGUGUCUGCAUUACCUGGAUGUACAUAUAUGUAUUGAGAAACGUACACCGACAACCGCAACAACCACAACCGUUUCUCCUAAUGGACAGUGUCUGCUGAUUGGACAAAAGUGCUAUAGUCACGACGAAUGCUGUACGAAACGUUGUCAUGGAUUCCUUCAUCAAUGCGUUACAUAAUCAGCUCCAUUUAAAAUGCACGUGGCAAAAAUGUAGAACUGCAACACUUUUUUUAUAUUUAAUAAAAAGAAACUAUCGAUAACACAAACACAUCAUUGUCCAACGGAAUUUUCAUUCUUCUAAAUAUAAGUAAUAUAAGACGUCAUUGAGAUGAGACUUUACAAUGGAC